AUGAAACUACUUUCUACCACAUCGAUUCUUGCCCUUGGAACCCCAAUUGUCAUGGGGCUUCCAAGGGGUGCGGCUGUCGAGUCGUCUAUUUCGAUUCCUCCCCGCGUUACAGGUCUGGUGAACGUCAGACAAGCGACUUCAACUGUUGGAAGUGCUCCUCAAGUUACGCCUGCACCCGAUCAAGCAGCUGCUGACACCGGCAAUUUCAUGGUCACCUUGGUCAACUCUCACACGGCUCCCGUCGUAACGAUCCAUGCGCAUGGAGCCGGUGGCCCGGCAGCAGUCGGAAAAGAUAGCGAGCCACACACCAUGAGUCGAGGCCAAACCGAAACGUUCGCGGUGCCCACUGGUUGGAGUGGACGAGUAGCCAUGUUCGAGGAUGGCUACGAAAAGAUUCUUGACCGAGCUACGCUAUUGGAGGGCUCAUUCAUGGUCAACCAGGGCAGCGCACGUAUCGCCCUAGAUGUCAGCUAUGUCGAUGCCUUUACCGUACCGAUGGUAUGCGAGUGUAACAAUGUUGUGGCUUUGGGUUGCAACCUGAACUUGAACGACAUAUGCCCGAAAAACCUCACGUUGAAUGCAAAGACUUGCAAGAACCCGAACAGAGAGGUCUUACACGGCGCUCCCGCUUACAAUCCCUUUGAAGAUUGUAAGGCCAUGGCGUACACGUAUCCCCAGGAUGACUUGGCUACCAAGUAUGAUAUGCCUGGAUGCAGCCGCAGUACCACUUGCUGCAUUGGCACGGCCUGCAAGCCUCAUCCUGGGCAGAAACUAUGCCCUGCAGGAGAUGGCCAGACGCGGCCAUGUGCUACACCAUAG